GUCCCGCCAGCUCUCUUCUUCGUCCGUUGGACCGUUUGUGUCGCUCGCUCCCUCCCUCCCUCACUCGAGUUGCUUCUCCAUUCGGAUAUGGCGUCUCUCAUCUCCCCGCCACCGUCAACUUCCUACCUCUUCCGCCACAAAUCCUCCUUCUACGGCACCGUUUUCCCCCAAAGGUGUGAGCAGGACUCGAACAAGUCCAAAAAUGUCAGAUUCUUCUCAGUAAGCUGCCGAAUUAGCACCAGAGCCAAGGAGUUAUCUUCUGCUCAAAAACCCAAUACUUUAAUCAAGGAACCUCACAAGUACUUUGAUCAGGUGAUCAUCACCCUUCGUUCCGGCGACGGAGGCCACGGCGCGGUCCUCGCCAUGCCGAACCAGAGACCUCCCAGCAAGCCGCCGCAAGGGAAGCAUGAGAAGGAGAAGCUGAGGAGGAAGAGCUUGCUGAAAAGGGAUUUUGGUGGGGCCCUUGUUCUUCCUGUGGGUGGCCAUGGAGGUGAUGUUGUGAUUUAUGCUGAUGAGGGUAAAGAUUCGUUGUUGGAAUUUCACACGAAAAACCGGUUCAAUGCAAAACGCGGUGGAAAUGUGGCUGCAAUGGGGGUCUUGACAUCCCAGUUGCACGAUGGACUUUCUGCUCCGGCCCUGCGUAUUCCUGUGCCGCCAGGUACGGUAGUGAAGCGUAAGCGAGGAACCUUGUUGGCUGAUCUAGCACGGCCAGGGGACGAAAUUCUUGUAGCGAGGGGUGGACAAGGAGGGAUUAGCUUGGUAGAAACACCGGAGCGUAGCAAGAAAAAGGUUAUGGCUUUGACAACAAAUGUGAUGAGAGAUGAUAGUGAUAAGAUUUUAGCUGUUGGUCAACCAGGAGAGGAGGUUAGUUUGGAGUUGAUCUUACGAGUUGUUGCUGACGUUGGUUUGGUUGGCCUUCCAAAUGCUGGAAAAUCAACCCUUUUGGCCGCCACUACACUUGCAAGACCUGAUAUUGCUGAUUAUCCUUUCACAACCUUAAUGCCAAACCUUGGACGCCUUGAUGGCGACCCAAGUUUAGGGCCAGGGAUGUAUUCUUCUGAAGCAACUUUGGCAGAUUUGCCUGGUCUUAUUGAAGGUGCUCAUCUUGGGAAGGGUCUUGGUCGCAAUUUCUUGAGGCAUCUGAGGCGGACUCGGCUAUUGGUCCAUGUUGUUGAUGCAGCAGCUGAGGAUCCUGUGAAUGACUACAGAACUGUCAAGGAAGAAUUGCGAAUGUAUAAUCCUGAUUACCUUGAACGACCAUAUAUAGUGGUGUUGAAUAAAAUUGACCUUCCCCAGGCAAAGGACAGGCUUCCAUCUUUGACGGAAGAAAUAAUGAGGCUUGGUUGUGAUACAGCAUCCUCUGAGCCAGAAAUGAGCACUGCAGGUGCAGUUAAACAGCCGGUCCCUGAAGGUGAGAAUGCUGAUGUAAGUUCAUCAAAAGCUCCGACCAAAGACAGAAAGGAUAAAGAUAUAGAGGACUAUCCACGACCCCUUGCUAUUGUAGGAGUCAGUGUAUUGAAAGGCAUCAGAGUAAACGAAAUGUUGAAGGCGAUAAGGGCAGGUCUGCGAAAGUGCCGAGGCAUAAACGAAGCAUAGGAAUUGAGUGUGAGAGAGUCUCUUGUUAAUGAGAGACACUGGAUAAGAAGAGACUCUGGAUCGUUUUUGGGUGCUGUAACUUGUAUAUAUAUGCGGAAGAUGUAUAAGUUAAUUUAUGUAACACACUACAAGGAAGGCAUGAAUGCAAUCUCUUUUCAUUCCCUUUCUCC